GGUGCCAGCUCUCUGCCUUUCCAGUUCUCCACAUCCCUUUUAAGCUGCCCAAGCUGUUCCAAGUCCAGUGUCACCAGCCUGGAGGCAGAGGGGACAUGAACUGUCCUCACCUCAUUCUGUGGCUGUGCUCCUUGCAGAGCCAGACUGCCUUAAUCCCCAGCGUGGCUGGGAAAGGCCAUGGUUCAGCUUGGUUGGGCUGGGAAGUUGGGAUGUUUGCUGCAGCUCCGCACUUGGGUGCCUGGGGAGCUCCAGGGCAUGCAGCCAGGCAGCUCCUUCUGGCAGCAGUGCUUUGUGCACCAUGGGUUGUGACUGUCCUGUCCUUCAGGACUGUCUUAAAAGCCUCACACUUCCUUUCCUGACUAAAUAAGAGCCAGUUGUUACCAGCAAGGAAACCCCAAGAGCAUUUCUUUGUUAAACAACCCAUGGGGUGUAAAGAGCAGACAGAAAAACAUGUGCUUUCUUGUUGUAAGUGACUCAGGUGGGUGAUGUGCCCAUGACCUGAGCAAUGCCAGUGCCACAGAAUAUGUUGGGGGAGCCCCCAUGUGGAAUCUGGGCACAGCAGUGCCAGUGGCAGCAGGAAGGAGUGGGUCCCCAUGUCCCUUAACAGCCUUUCUUCCCAGGAUGAGGGAGCACAAGGACCAAGGCGGGGCUUUAUAGUACUGCAGAAGGGGUACAGGAAUGAGCUGCCCCUGCCUGAAGUAUUUUCUGGCUGAUGUUUUCUGAUUUGGGGAAUUCCCAGAGCAGAGCAGUGCCCUUCCUGGUACUUUGCCUGAUGAAUCUCCACUCAUCAUGGAAAGCCUGGAACAAGUACUCACUGUGCUGCCUCCUGACCCCGGGACCUGGAAGGAAAUGAGGAGCCCAGAGGAGACUUCUGAGGGUACUGCCCCGCCUUGCUGAGCUGGGACCACCUCUGCACCCCUGGCCUGGGGCUGCUCAGGGCUGGGCUCCCCCAUCUCUGGCCAGUGAGGCACCAGGUGCCACAGGAGUGUGCCAUCCCCUUACUGGAGUCUCAGCCACUGUGUCCCUUCUACUGCCUGCCCGAGGAAGGACCACAGGAACUGGUGUCAAGCUCCAGGGUGCAGCCAGGGCAGGGCUGAGCAGGUCACAAGUGCCAAGCGGGAAGUGAGUCACUCACCUGGGAGCCAGCACCACGCCCUCUUUCCUGUCAGAGCCUCUUCCAGGCAGGAGCACACACACAGCUCAGGCCUGCUGGUCUGUCCCCCUGCAGCAUGGACCUGCUGGGCUGGGGUCUGUGAUGAGCUGGAGCAGGUGCUCUGUGAGCCCAAGGUAAGACACAAUUUCCCUUCUGCUUGCUCUGCCAGGCCUCCCUCCCCAAGCUCCACAAGCUCCUCCUAUGUCUGGCUAGCUCAGGUCGUGGGCUGGCUCAGCAUCCCCCGUGGAUCUCUGAGCCGUGGCCUCUCAGACAGCACCAAGGGCUGCCGAGACAUCUCCACCCUCCCAGCAGGGUGUGGGGACACUCCUUGUUCUGCAUGCCAGGGAGCAGGGAUGGGGGUGAGCAGCACUGUGACAGUGUGAGUCAGGCAGCUGCUGCUGCUGCAUUUGGGGCCGUGGGAGGGGGCUGCUCUCACCCAGGUCCCAUCCCACCCUGAGUGACAACGACCCUGGCCUUGCUUGGAUGCUGUGGAGCAAGGUGAGCAGCACUGCCUGGACCUUACUCCUGUGAGGAAGAGGAGGCAGUGCUUGGAGCCUCUCAAGGAGGGCAGGUCCCUCAUCCCACUUGUGCACAGCCCCUGCCCAGGCUGGGCAGGCAGAUGGGGCAGGAGGUGUCUCGCUGCAGUUGGGAGCAGCAGGAGCCCUGUCCCAGCUGUGGCAGCUCAGGCAGGACAUGGUUUUUGCCUCCAGCAGAGCUGUGACAGCCUGGGGCUGUCACACAAAUCCUGACACAGCGGCCCUUGAGCUCAGCCCUCUGCCCCGUGCAGCAGGGCUGGGCUUGGGAACCAUAAAACAGCUGGAGGCUGCCCUGCUCCCUGCCUCACCCACUGCUGGGGAGGCUGUCCAGCUGCCAGCAGUGACAUUCUCUGCCAGUCUGGGCCAUCCCUGUGGCACAGCCAGCUGCAGAAGCCAUGCCCUGCCUUAGUUGUCAGAGGGGACCCAGGGAGUGUCCCUGCCACUGCCCCAGAGUGGAUGAUGGUUUGUGUGUUUUCCUGCUGAGCAAGCCCAGCUCCGGGGCACAUUCCUGCAGGGUUGGUAAGGAGGUGGGGACAGGCUGUGCUCAGCCUGCAACGAGCAAAAGAAAAUUCUGUGGAGUGUUCUGUGAGUAGUGGGAACUCACAGACAGUAACACAGCACGAGCUGAGCGUGUGCUGCAGCUCCUAAAGAACUUCAUGCUUCUUCAAAGACCCUCCUGCUACUCAGGAAUGUGUCCUGGGGAUUGGAACCAGCAGGGAUCAAGCUCACCUGUGUGCCAGUGGCUGGUGCUGUCACAAGCUGCAUGUUGGUGUUUCAUCUUGUCCGUGUUUGCUGCUUGUGUCACUGACAGGCAGUGAAAUGCUGCUCCUCCAUUUGCACUCCUGGGAGAGCUCUUCUCUGCCUACGCAGUGUAGCUUGCUCUUGGGAAGAAAUCUCUGGAUAUUUGCUUAUAAAACCAAGAGUUUCCCAUCCUUCUGAAAUUUACAUGUGGUUAUCCAAAGUGAGUAUGUUGCUACCAGGCUACAUCUAAGAAGGAAAUUACCUCAAGGGCAUGUGCCAGAGGCAGGUGGGGCUUACAGGAGGCCCUGGGCAUCUGCCAUGGCAUGAAUGCUGCUGGGUGCCAGACCCGUGGGGAGCAGCCCCUGCUCAGCACUCAGCCUGAGUGGGGUUAUCCAGAGAGUGGAAUUUGGAACAGCUGCUCUGGGAUCCAGCCAUACAACAACCUGAAGGACUAUCAGUGCUCCUUAGCAGCAUCUAUGGGAAUCAGAGUAAGAGAAGUUUAUUUGUUUUUUAUUAGGUAGCAAAUUGGCUUGAUGCAAGUAAAGGAAUUUUCAAGAUUGCUUUUUGUCCUCAACUCAGCCUUGCAUAGCUGUCAGAGCUGUCAGCUGGUGUGUGCUUUCCCUGGGCAGGAAGAGCAGGAAAUAGUGAAAAGCACAGGGCAGUCAGACUGCCAGGAGUGCUGCACGAGCCCAGCCUCCACUGGCAAAAUGUGUCUUAAUAUUGGAGUGCUCAGAAUUGGCAGGAGAGCCAGGAGAGCAGGGAAAGAGGGUCCCCAGGUGGGAAGGGAGUAAAAGGGAGGAGCUGGCUGUGGGGGCAAAGGAACCUGCUGAUGCAGAAUGGCCAUGCUGCAGGGCUGAGCAGAGGAAGGAUGAAGACAUUUGAAGGUUCCUCCCCAGUCCAAAACCCCCUGGGCUUCCAUUUCCUCUAAGGGCUGGGUUGUGGCAGGACAGUGAACCAAGAUCUGUCAAGUGUUGCUACAUCCCCUUUGAGCACUCCCCUUGCUCCUGACAUUGCUGGCUGCUCUCCCAAGAGACCUGGGCUGGCUGUCAGCCAACCUCUGUGGCAGGAUCUUGUUUGGUUUUAAGUCUAAACCCCCAGGAGCAGCCUAAAGGGCAGAGCUGGGACUCUGUCUCAUCCCUGAAGGGUCAGGUUCCUUCAUCCUUACAACAGCUGAUGGGAAGGGGAGAGGAAGGAUGUCUGGUGGCACAGGGAAGGAGAUGGCUGCAGCUUCCAUCCCAGCACAGCUCUGGGGCAUCACUGCAGGAGCCUCAGCUCACCCUCAUGUGGCCUGACAGAGCCUGGCUGUCCCUUGCUCCACAUGCCAGCCCCCGUGCAGCCCACCCUGCCAAGGCUUCCAUCCCAUGUGCUUCAGGUGCCACGGGGCUCCCUCACCUUGCAGAGGUUCCACUCUGCUCAGGGGGCUUCAAAUACCUUGGCCACCCUGUGCUGUGGUGCCAGCUGUGGUGUCCAUGGACCUCUGGUUGUCUUGGAGCUCUCCCUGAGCAGGGUUCAGAGCAGCAGGACAUGGGUUGUCCUGCAGUUUGCAGAGCCCUUGCACAUCUCCAGCCUGGCUGGAGCUCCCCUAGGGAUCCUGGGGCUGCCUGGCACCUGGAUCACACCUUCAGAGCACUGCUCAAGUGCAUGCCAGGUGCUUCCCUCUGUAGUGGCCCUGGGAAAGGCCACCUGCACCCUCUGGAGAAGAGCCAGGGAAGAGCCAGUCCAGGCAAAGGAGCCCAGACUGGUGCUGGGGCUUUGCCUGCCCCUGCCUGGAGACAUCCAGGAAUGGCUCAGACCCACAGUGGGUGGGUUCUGGAAUGGUGAUGGCUGCCCAGAACCUUGGGACUCCAGAGGCCAGGUGAGCCAAAAGCCAGCACAGAGCAGCACUGCUGCUGUCCACCUUGGCUCCUCUGUCAGUGCCCCCUCUCCCUUGCUGAUGAGGAGAUUGCCAUAUCCCAGCUCAGAGCCAGGGCUCACCAGCCCAACAACAAAAAUGUGUGACUUGAAAAUGUUCCCAGGGUCUUUGCCAGCUCCUUGCUCUCAGAAGUUUGGCUGGUGUCCUCAGUGGUGAGGCCCAGGGCACACCACCCUCAGCCUGUCCCUGUGGCUCCCAGGACAUGAAGCCACACCGUGGGGGUCUCUGGUGCCCCCACAGCAUGGACAUGGCCAGGGCCUUCUAUGGAAUGUUUGCCACAGGGGGCAUUUCCUGAAAAGAGCCAGGAGAGCUUUUCCCAGCCUUCCCAGAGGAUCUCCAGUGCAGACUGGCCUCUGCUGCUGCUGCCUGGGCCCUGCCAUUGCUCAGCAGCCUUGGGGCAGGCUCGGACACCCCUUUGUCCUGGGGAGGGACACCACUCUGUGGCAGUUCUGGUGUGUUUCACAGUGAGCCCAAGCACCAGACUCAGGGCUCUGGUUCCUGUAGGUGUGUCAGGUGAGAGAUCUUUGCUCUAUCUUGCAUUUUCUGAGACCCCCGAUGAAGGUGAGGAAAUCAUGAAUCUGACUCCAUCUUCUUAGAAGGCUAAUUUAUUAUUUUAUUCUAUGAUAUGAUAUUAAUUAUAUGAUAGAAUACUAUACUAAACUAUACUAAAGAAUAGAGAAAGGAUACAGACAGAAAGCUAAAAGAUACUACUGAAAAACUCAUUACUUUUUCUCCAGAGUCUGACACAGCUUGGCCCCUGACUGGCCAAUAAGUAAAAACAAUUCACAUGCAACCAAUGAAACAAUCUCCAACCACAUUCCAAAGCAGCAGAACACAGGAGAAGCAAAUGAGAUAAUAUUGUUUUCCUUUUUCUCUGAGGCUUCUCAGCUUCCCAGGACAGAAAUCCUGGCGAAGGGAUUUUUCCAGAAAAUAUGAUGGUGACAGCUCUAAGCUCACGCCUGUGCUGCAUGCAGGUGUAAGAGCAGAGGCAGGGAUGGAGGGCAGGUUAAUCCUCACCAUGGGAUAACAUCACAGCCUGGGAUUUACAGCUUGGGCAUGGGGCUGAGUGCAGCUUUGCUCCUCACUGGUUCUCUGAGCACCCCACCAUCAGCAUUACUGUACUGAGUGAGCUUCAGGCUGCCACAGGUAACAGUGGCCAUAAUGUGAUGGUGUAUGGGACAGGUAACAAUCUGCCUUGCUCUGGUGUCUCUGUCUGCUGAAUAUCCCUGAGAUAAAGGGAGGCUUGGGAUGGUGGAGUUCCUGAGUUAGUUCCAGCACAAGUGUGAAGGAGAGCACCAGGAAAUGAACGUGUCCAUAUAUGAGUUUCCUGUCCCUUUCUUGGAAAUUAUUAAAUGGAAGCUCUUCUGCCAUUCAUCUGUUUGGAAGAAAGAUGCUCAAAAAGUUGUCUAUUCCCAAAUCUAACUGCGGACCCAGAGUGGAUUCCUAUUCUGCCUUUAGAGGAAAAUCCCAGUUUUGCCCUCUUUCAGGAUCAUCAGAAGCAGAGAUGCUCUGAGGAAAAAGCCUUAAGGACUUUGCAGACCUUUGCUGUGGCUAAUUGUCUUUCCUCUACAGCUUAUUUUAUUUCUCAUUUCCUUUAGCUGAUGUCACACAUUUCCUCUCCUCUAGUGACUCUGCAAUCAUGCUACAGUUGCUCCCAUUCUGGCGCCCUGUUCUUAAGAGCUGCCAGUGCAGAGACUCUCCAGCCCCAGGGCAGGGAAAAUAACAUCUGGGAGACAGCCAAGCAUCCUCAGUGAAACCCUCACUGCUACUGAGGCUGAAGAUGGACAUAAUGUGCUGAUUUUUUUCAUCUCUGGUAAGAAGAAAAGCUGUGGCUGGCAACUGAGCCUCAGACGUGGCCACUCAACACCAUGAUGUCUGGAAAAGGCAAAGGAGGUGCAGAAGGCAGUGCUGAUUUACACCUUCCAUGCCCUGUCAUAGACUCUGAGUUUCGCUACAGCCUCUUCACUGUUUUCUACAGCAUUAUUUUCAUUCUAGGCUUUGUUGCCAACUGCUAUGUCCUCUGGAUUUUCAGCCGUAUUUACCCCACCACGAAACUCAAUGAAAUCAAGAUAUUCAUGGUGAACCUGACAGUAGCUGACUUGCUCUUCUUAAUUACAAUGCCAAUGUGGAUUGUUUACUACCACAACCAUGGAGACUGGAUCAUGCCCGAGUUCCUCUGUAACGUGUCUGGCUGUUUGUUUUUUGUUAAUACCUACACUUCUGUUGCCUUUCUGAUGGUCAUCACAUACAACCGCUACCAAGCUGUGACUAAUCCUAUUAAAGCUGCUCAGCUGACCACCCAGAGAAGAGGUAUCUACCUCUCAGCAGCUAUCUGGAUCAUAAUAGUGGGCAGCUCUUUGUAUUACCUUUUUGACAAUAAUACUAACAAGGAGACGGUCGGCUCCAGUAAUUUCACACGGUGCUUUGAGCGCUACGACACCACGAGUGGUGUUUCAGCUGUUCUCGCCAUUCACGUCAUCAUCUGCGUCCUCUUCUAUAUCAUUUUCCUUUUGAUACUAAGUUGGAACAUUGUCAUUAUCAGGACCCUGUUCUCCAAGCCAGUGCAUCCACGGAAGAGCGCUCAUGUCAAGCAAAGGGCCCUGUGGAUGGUGUGCACAGUGCUGGCUGUGUUCAUCAUCAGCUUUGUGCCCCAUCACAUCGUGAACCUGCCCUGGACUCUGACUGUUCUGGAGCAGUGGAAGAAGGAAGACUGCGAGCUGCGCCAACAGCUCAACGAUGCUCACCAGGUGACUUUGUGCCUCUUGAGUACCAACUGUGUGUUGGACCCCAUCAUCUACUGCUUCCUCACCAAGAAGUUUCAGAAGCAUGUUUCAGAAAACCUGAAAAGCAUGAGAGGGAGUCGCAAAUGCUCCAGGCAAACAACUGAUACGAUGAUUGAGGGCACCAUUCAUCAAGAGGAUGGCAUUAGGAUCUCUUAGGGCCACUCAUUUCUGAUUGCACACAGAGAGGUGUGAAUUAUUCACUCAUCUUUCCUCAAGUAGAGGCACCAAGGGACACAACAAAGGACUAGGAUUUUACAUUUUCUUUUUCCUAUUAGACAGAAGAAUGGAUGCUCCUUUCUUCUGUCACGUGCAAAGGGCAGAACUGCAACCUGCAGUAAUCUGGCAGCACAGCUCCUUCUGUCCAGGCUGCUGUUCUCAUGGGCACUAAGAACAGCCCGGAUGACUGCUUUAACAUGAAAUAAGUGUGUCACUGAGCCUCUGCAGUGAGCAGCUAGAAACUGAGUGCACCAAAAUUACCCAUUGUGUCAGUCCAGACAGCACCAUCCCUGCUCCUUUGCCUGCCCAGCUCUCACAGUAUCAGAGCUGUAAGGGACUUCUAAAUGACCUGGAAGAACAGAUGGAGCUCUGAGUAUCAUGAGGUGGCUCUGCUAAGCAGCUUACAUGGUCUGGUGAAGAGAGUCUGAGCUUAUGAAGCUCUUGAGUGGCUGUAAGGGACAUAGUCCAUGGAAUUCCCCAGUUGCUGUCAGAGAUCUGCACCUCUGAUCCCUUCAUCCCUUGUUAGCAGCUCACAUGGUCUGCUGGGAUCCAAACUUGACAGAUGUCUGGGAGCAGCUAUUAUGAAUCUUUGCCUCCAGAUCUUGGGUCAGUAAAGUAGGGAAGGAAAGGAAGAGAAAUUGGCAGUCCCUCAGCACACCUUCCCCCCUCCCUGCACCAGAUCAGCAUUAUAGCCAAAGGGCACUAUGGUCUGCCCUGGCUUCCUGUGUGAAAGCAGAACUGGCCAGCCAGUGGCCUCGUGCACUCAGUUUAGUAAUUCCUGACUGACUGCAGACACUCCAGAUAGCAGAGGGCUACUGUCAGCAUGGGCAUUACGAUAAGGAAAAAAAAAGCUUAAAAUGCUUCUAUAUCUUUGUACUUAUUUAUUUAAUUUAGGAUUUUAGCCAUUACAUUGUUUUUUUCCUCCAUCCUUUCAAAGCUGACUAGUUCUUGAUCUACAGCAAAUGAAGUGUUAGGUCAGGACACUUGACAGACAAAUAAUUCACACACUCCUUGCCCAGGGCUGGAUGCAAUCCACUGGGGCCCAGGGCAAAGUGGUUUUCCAUGGGUGCUGAGCUCUGUUACCAGUCAUGAGACACUUUUCUGACCCAAAUUGCUCAAUCUAGCACAGGAAAUUGGGCAGGGAGGGGAACUUGUUUUCACAACAGUUGUUGGUUCCCUAAGUGUCCCAGUCUGCUGAUGACAGGAACAGUGUAUCUGACCUAUGACACCAAUUAUUCAUGUGCAGGACAGCAGCCCUCCCACACCUGCCCAAGAACAGGAGAGAUAAGCUCAAGCCUUUCCAAAGACAGCACCAAUAUUUGUACUGCUUUGCCAGAGGAGAUACGGGUCCUUCAGAUGUAUCCUCUGGAGCUCCUCAGGCAGCUUGUGUCCUUAUUUGUUCCAGUGAGGAAAAGAAUUAAGAUGUUUAUUUUUCUAAGGCCAUUGCCAGGGCCCUGCACUCCAGGCCCAGUGCCAGAGGAAAGAGUCUGAUCACAAUAAGAGUGCAUCUUCCUCCUGCUCCUGGGCUCUGCUCCAGUUAUAGGCACUCACAACAAACACUUGCCAGUACCUCAUGCUCCUGAGACACGUUCAAAGAUGCACCCUGAAUCUGCAGAGCCACAGCGCACAGGAAGGGAGCAAUUGCUGUAAUUUAAAAACCAGAAUCCGCACUGUUCUGUGAGCACAUUCUGGAUGAGGAGCUCUCGCAGCUGGCAGAGGGUGGGACCUGGUUUCCCCCCUUGGCUCCCAGCAAAACAGACCCUAAAGCCCCAUUAGAUGGAGUUUGGCAAGUCCUGCAGGAAAUGAAAAAGAUUUUUACAUGGAAAGCUGGCAUGAGAUUCCACUGGUUCUUGGAAAGCUUGCAAGAGUUUACAGUUUAGCUCUUUACCAUGGGUACGUAACAGGCUUUAUUCCACAGCAAGCACUGUGGGCUCAGGGAACAAACAUAAACCUGCAUCUGAGGAAAAGGAUAUGCAGAGAGAAAAGCCCCAAGGCCACUUCAGGAGAUAUUAUGCUAAUUAGUCAGUAAAAAUGCAUUUCUGAAAAACAGGCUAAGCUGCUACUUCUGUUCCUGGAAAUACUUUCCUGUUCUUACUGCAAUGUUGCAUUACUCUGCUUUACCUUGCAAUGAAAUGGAUCCUCAGAAGUUCUUGUAAAUAAAGUGUGUUCCUCAGGUGUUUUAA